GCCGGCCAGAGUGCAGGCUGCCGGGCAGGAUCCGUGUUGGUCCUGGGCCCUGAGAGUGGGGUGAGACCUGGUGGCCCCUGCUCCACCGUCUGAGCCCCUGGUCUGGGUGCUGCUCUGAGUUCCUGGUUAAGACAGGUCUCCGCCCUUCCCCAUCCCCAUCCCUUCAACCAUGGAUCACUCCUCAUUCAGUGGCGCGCCCCGAUUCCUGACCCGGCCCAAGGCCUUUGUGGUGUCUGUGGGUAAGGAUGCCACAUUGAGCUGCCAGAUUGUGGGCAACCCCAUGCCGCAGGUGAACUGGGAAAAGGACCAGCAGCCGGUGGAGGCAGGCUCUCGCUUCCGCCUGGCCCAGGAUGGCGACCAAUAUCGCCUCACUAUCCUGGACUUGGCUCUAGGAGACAGUGGACAGUACGUGUGCCGCGCGCGCAAUGCCAUUGGCGAGGCCUUUGCAGCCGUGGGCCUCCAGGUAAACUCCGAGGCCGCGUGCGCGGAGCAGGCACCCCACUUCUUGCUGCGGCCCACGUCCAUCCGCGUGCGUGAGGGCGCAGAGGCUACUUUCCGCUGCCGCGUGCGGGGCUCACCACCUAUGGCAGUGAGCUGGGCCAAGGAUGGGAGGCGCCUGGGAGUUCCUGAUGCCCCACGAAUGACUGUGGAGGCCAGUGGGGAGGCGAGCGCGCUGCGCAUCCAGGACGCGCGGCCCCGUGAUGGUGGAACCUACACGGUGCGUGCAGAGAACCCACUGGGCACAGCCAGUGCCGACGCUGCGCUUACAGUGGACACAGACGCUGGCUCCGCAGGCCCGCCAGGGGCUUCUACAGCUUCGCUCUUGGCGCACCUCCAGCGGCGGCGCGAAGCUAUGCGGGCUGAGGGAGCCCCAGACUCGCCACCAGGCUCCGGCACGCGCACCUGCACGGUGACUGAGGGCAAGCACGCACGCCUCAGUUGCUACGUGACAGGUGAGCCCAAGCCCGAGACAGUGUGGAAGAAGGAUGGGCAGCUGGUGGCCGAGGGCCGGCGACAUGUGGUGUAUGAGGACGCUCAGGAAAACUUUGUGCUCAAGAUUCUCUUCUGCAAGCAGUCGGACCGUGGCCUCUACACUUGCACAGCAUCCAACCUCGUGGGCCAAACCUACAGCUCUGUGCUGGUCGUUGUUCGAGAACCUGCGGUGCCCUUCAAGACCCGACUGCAGGACCUGGAGGUGCAGGAGAAGGGGUCGGCCACGUUCCGGUGUGAGGUGCCACUGCUGGCCACACAGGCCCUGUGGUACAAGGAAGACAUGAGGCUGUGGGCCAGCACGAAGUACGCCAUUGAGGAGGAGGGCACGGAGCGCCGGCUGACUGUGCACAACACCUCGGCUGACGAUGACGCUGUGUACAUCUGUGAGAUGGCUGAGGGCAGUCGCACUGUGGCUGAGCUCGCAGUACUAGGCAACCUCACCAGAAAGCUCCCGAGAAAGACAGUGGUGCGAGUGGGGGACACUGCCCUGUUCUGUGUGGAGCUGGCCAGGCCAGAGGGCCCUGUCCACUGGCUCCGGAACCAGGAAGAGGUGGUAGCUGGGGAUCGUGUGGUCAUCACCACUGAAGGCACACGCCACACGCUGACUAUCGCCCAGUGCAACCUGGAAGAUGUGGGUGAGGUGGCCUUUGUGGCUGGGGACUGCCGGACAUCCACACAGUUCUGUGUAUCGGCCCCUAGGAAGCCACCACCACACCCCCCUGAGGCCCCUGUGGUGACAGCCAAGACAGAGAGUUCCGUGACUCUCAGCUGGUCCCCACCACUCUAUGGGGACCUCCCUGUUACCAUCGAUGGCUACCUGGUGGAGAAGAAGCGACUGGGCACCUAUAGCUGGAGCCGGUGCCACAAGGCCGAGUGGGUGGCCACACCUGAGCUGACUGUGGGCUGUGUGACUGAGGAGGGGGACUACCAAUUCCGGGUGUCAGCUGUGAACAGCUUUGGCCAGAGCACCUACCUUGAGUUCCCGGGGACGAUCCACCUGGCCCCCCAGCUAGCUGUGAAGACGCCUCUGAAGGCGGUGGAGGCGGUGGAGGGCAGUGAGGUGACCUUCUCUGUGGACCUCACUUUGGCCUCGGUGGGCGAGUGGUUCUUGGAUGGGCAGGCUCUGAAGUCCAGCAGCAUGUACAUGAUCCACUGUGAUGGCACCCGGCACACCCUCACCAUCCACUCAGUGCCUGCCAGCUUGCACGGUGCUGAACUCAAGUUCGUGGCCAAUGGCAUUGAGAGCAGUAUCUGCAUGGAGGUCCGAGUGGCCCCAGGGCUGAGCACCAACCAUCCAGCAGAAGUUCGGGAGGUGCUGGCCCGGCUGCAUGAGGAGGCGCAGCUCCUGGCUGAGCUGUCGGACCAGGCAGCAACUGUAACAUGGCUCAAGGACGGCCGAGCACUACCCCUAGGCCCCAAGUACCAGGUUCAGGCUUUGGCAGGGCAGCGGGCACUACUGGUGCGAGAUGUGGCACAAGAUGAUGCCGGCCUGUACGAGUGUGUCAGCCGUGGGGUUCGCAUUGCUUACCAGCUGCUGGUGCAAGGACUCACACCCUUUCUGCACAAGGACUCAGCUGGUGGCUGCUUGGACAUCGUGGUCGGGGGCCCAGCCUACCUUGAGUGUGAGACUGUGGAGGCCCAUGUGCCUGUGUGCUGGUUCAAGGAUGGUGUGGAGCUCAGCCUCUCCAGCUCACACUUCUCUCAGGAGGACAUGGGCACGCGGCACCGGUUGGUGGUCAACUCAGUCAGCAGGCAGGAUGAGGGCACCUAUUCGUGCCAUGUGGGCGAGCACUCUGUGGAUUUCCAGCUGCGAGUUUGUGAGCCCACGGUGGUGUUUGCCAAGGAGCAGCCGGCCCACAAUCAGGUGCAGGCCGAGGCGGGGGCCAUCGCCACGCUGAGCUGCGAGGUGGCCCAGGCCCAGACGCAGGUGACGUGGUACAAGGACGGCAAGAAGCUGAGUGGGAGCUCGAAAGUGCGCGUGGAGGCCACGGGCUGCACCCGGCGGCUGGUGCUGCCGCAGGCAGGGAAGGCGGACGGCGGGGAGUACAGCUGCGAGGCUGCGGGCCAGAGGGUCACCUUCAGCCUGGCCGUCUCAGAGCCCACGGUGGUGUUUGCCAAGGAGCAGCCGGCCCACAAUCAGGUGCAGGCCGAGGCGGGGGCCAUCGCCACGCUGAGCUGCGAGGUGGCCCAGGCCCAGACGCAGGUGACGUGGUACAAGGACGGCAAGAAGCUGAGUGGGAGCUCGAAAGUGCGCGUGGAGGCCACGGGCUGCACCCGGCGGCUGGUGCUGCCGCAGGCAGGGAAGGCGGACGGCGGGGAGUACAGCUGCGAGGCUGCGGGCCAGAGGGUCACCUUCAGCCUGGCCGUCUCAGAGCCCACGGUGGUGUUUGCCAAGGAGCAGCCGGCCCACAAUCAGGUGCAGGCCGAGGCGGGGGCCAUCGCCACGCUGAGCUGCGAGGUGGCCCAGGCCCAGACGCAGGUGACGUGGUACAAGGACGGCAAGAAGCUGAGUGGGAGCUCGAAAGUGCGCGUGGAGGCCACGGGCUGCACCCGGCGGCUGGUGCUGCCGCAGGCAGGGAAGGCGGACGGCGGGGAGUACAGCUGCGAGGCUGCGGGCCAGAGGGUCACCUUCAGCCUGGCCGUCUCAGAGCCCACGGUGGUGUUUGCCAAGGAGCAGCCGGCCCACAAUCAGGUGCAGGCCGAGGCGGGGGCCAUCGCCACGCUGAGCUGCGAGGUGGCCCAGGCCCAGACGCAGGUGACGUGGUACAAGGACGGCAAGAAGCUGAGUGGGAGCUCGAAAGUGCGCGUGGAGGCCACGGGCUGCACCCGGCGGCUGGUGCUGCCGCAGGCAGGGAAGGCGGACGGCGGGGAGUACAGCUGCGAGGCUGCGGGCCAGAGGGUCACCUUCAGCCUGGCCGUCUCAGAGCCCACGGUGGUGUUUGCCAAGGAGCAGCCGGCCCACAAUCAGGUGCAGGCCGAGGCGGGGGCCAUCGCCACGCUGAGCUGCGAGGUGGCCCAGGCCCAGACGCAGGUGACGUGGUACAAGGACGGCAAGAAGCUGAGUGGGAGCUCGAAAGUGCGCGUGGAGGCCACGGGCUGCACCCGGCGGCUGGUGCUGCCGCAGGCAGGGAAGGCGGACGGCGGGGAGUACAGCUGCGAGGCUGCGGGCCAGAGGGUCACCUUCAGCCUGGCCGUCUCAGAGCCCACGGUGGUGUUUGCCAAGGAGCAGCCGGCCCACAAUCAGGUGCAGGCCGAGGCGGGGGCCAUCGCCACGCUGAGCUGCGAGGUGGCCCAGGCCCAGACGCAGGUGACGUGGUACAAGGACGGCAAGAAGCUGAGUGGGAGCUCGAAAGUGCGCGUGGAGGCCACGGGCUGCACCCGGCGGCUGGUGCUGCCGCAGGCAGGGAAGGCGGACGGCGGGGAGUACAGCUGCGAGGCUGCGGGCCAGAGGGUCACCUUCAGCCUGGCCGUCUCAGAGCCCACGGUGGUGUUUGCCAAGGAGCAGCCGGCCCACAAUCAGGUGCAGGCCGAGGCGGGGGCCAUCGCCACGCUGAGCUGCGAGGUGGCCCAGGCCCAGACGCAGGUGACGUGGUACAAGGACGGCAAGAAGCUGAGUGGGAGCUCGAAAGUGCGCGUGGAGGCCACGGGCUGCACCCGGCGGCUGGUGCUGCCGCAGGCAGGGAAGGCGGACGGCGGGGAGUACAGCUGCGAGGCUGCGGGCCAGAGGGUCACCUUCAGCCUGGCCGUCUCAGAGCCCACGGUGGUGUUUGCCAAGGAGCAGCCGGCCCACAAUCAGGUGCAGGCCGAGGCGGGGGCCAUCGCCACGCUGAGCUGCGAGGUGGCCCAGGCCCAGACGCAGGUGACGUGGUACAAGGACGGCAAGAAGCUGAGUGGGAGCUCGAAAGUGCGCGUGGAGGCCACGGGCUGCACCCGGCGGCUGGUGCUGCCGCAGGCAGGGAAGGCGACGGCGGGGGAGUACAGCUGCGAGGCUGCGGGCCAGAGGGUCACCUUCAGCCUGGCCGUCUCAGAGCCCACGGUGGUGUUUGCCAAGGAGCAGCCGGCCCACAAUCAGGUGCAGGCCGAGGCGGGGGCCAUCGCCACGCUGAGCUGCGAGGUGGCCCAGGCCCAGACGCAGGUGACGUGGUACAAGGACGGCAAGAAGCUGAGUGGGAGCUCGAAAGUGCGCGUGGAGGCCACGGGCUGCACCCGGCGGCUGGUGCUGCCGCAGGCAGGGAAGGCGGACGCGGGGGAGUACAGCUGCGAGGCUGCGGGCCAGAGGGUCACCUUCAGCCUGGCCGUCUCAGAGCCCACGGUGGUGUUUGCCAAGGAGCAGCCGGCCCACAAUCAGGUGCAGGCCGAGGCGGGGGCCAUCGCCACGCUGAGCUGCGAGGUGGCCCAGGCCCAGACGCAGGUGACGUGGUACAAGGACGGCAAGAAGCUGAGUGGGAGCUCGAAAGUGCGCGUGGAGGCCACGGGCUGCACCCGGCGGCUGGUGCUGCCGCAGGCAGGGAAGGCGGACGGCGGGGAGUACAGCUGCGAGGCUGCGGGCCAGAGGGUCACCUUCAGCCUGGCCGUCUCAGAGCCCACGGUGGUGUUUGCCAAGGAGCAGCCGGCCCACAAUCAGGUGCAGGCCGAGGCGGGGGCCAUCGCCACGCUGAGCUGCGAGGUGGCCCAGGCCCAGACGCAGGUGACGUGGUACAAGGACGGCAAGAAGCUGAGUGGGAGCUCGAAAGUGCGCGUGGAGGCCACGGGCUGCACCCGGCGGCUGGUGCUGCCGCAGGCAGGGAAGGCGGACGGCGGGGAGUACAGCUGCGAGGCUGCGGGCCAGAGGGUCACCUUCAGCCUGGCCGUCUCAGAGCCCACAGUGGUAUUUGCCAAGGAGCAGCCGGCUCACAAUCAGGUGCAGGCCAAGGCGGGGACUAUUGCCACGCUGAGCUGCGAGGUGGCCCAGGCCCAGACGCAGGUGACGUGGUAUAAGGACGGCAAGAAGCUGAGUGGGAGCUCGAAAGUGCACGUGGAGGCCACGGGCUGCACCCGGCGGCUGGUGCUGCCGCAGGCAGGGAAGGCGGACGGCGGGGAGUACAGCUGUGAGGCUGCGGGCCAGAGGGUCACCUUCAGCCUGGAUUUCACAGAGCCAGAGCCUGAGCCCCCUGCCCUGGAGAGACCAGGCUGCAGGGAGCUUCUGGUGGUCAGGGAACACGAGGAUAUUAUCCUGACUGCCAAGCUGGCCACACCCUCUGUGGCUGUGGUGACUUGGCUCAAGGACGGUGUGGAGAUUCGACGCAGCAAGCGGCAUGAGAUGGCCAGCCUGGGGGACACGCACACUCUGACUGUGCGCAGCGCACAGACUCUGGACAGCGCGAUCUACAGCUGCCGCGUGGGAGCUGAGGGGCAGGACUUCCCAGUGCAGGUGGAAGAGGUGGCCGCCAAGUUCUGCCGGCCCCUGGAGCCUGUGAGUGGCGAACUGGGUGGCACAGUGACACUGACCUGCGAGCUGAGACCGGAGCAGGCCGAGGUGCUGUGGCGCUAUGGAAGCAUGCAGCUCCGGGCAGGCAAGCACUUCCAGAUGGCAGCUGUGGGGCCAAUGCGCUCGCUCACUGUGUCAGCCCUCAGGGUGGAGGAUGCGGGCGAAUACGUGUGCGAGAGCCGUGAUGACCGGACCAGCGCCCAGCUCACAGUCUGUGUCCCCCGUGAGGUCAAGUUCACAUCCGGGCUCAGCGCUGUGGUUGCAGAGGAGGGCCGAGAGGCCACCUUCCAGUGUGUGGUGACCCCCAGCGAUGCAGCUGUCACGUGGUUCCGGGAUGGCACCCAGCUGCAGCCCAGCGAGAAGUUUCUCAUAUCGCAGAGUGGCGCCAGCCACAGCUUGACCAUCUCUGGUCUGGCCCUGGAGGACGCAGGUGAAAUCACCGCAGAGGCUGAGGGUGUUACAUCCUCGGCUGUCCUGCGGGUCCGAGAGGCUCCUGUGCUGUUCAAGAAGAAGCUGGAGCCACAGACAGUGGAGGAGUGGGGUUCCGUGACCAUGGUGGUGGAGCUGACCAGGCCUUGGCCAGAGGUCAAGUGGACACGCAAUGCCAUGGUCCUGGCCCCAGGCAAGAAGGUGGAGAUUCACACGGAGGGCACGAGUCACUCCCUGGUCCUUCACAGCGUGGAUUUUGCUGACCGAGGCUUCUAUGGCUGUGAGACACCAGAUGACAAGACGCAGGCUAAACUCACAGUGGAAAUGCGCCAGGUCCGGCUCCUGCGGGGCCUGCAAGCAAUGGAGGUACAGGAGCAGGGCUCGGCUAUCAUGGAGGUGGAGCUGUCACAUGCUAAUGUGGAGGGCAGCUGGAUGCGUGAUGGUCUUCGGUUACAGCCAGGGCCCUUGUGCCACCUGGCAGUGCAAGGCCCCGUCCAUACACUCAUGCUGUCUGAGCUGCAGCCACAGGAUGGUGGUCUCAUCGCCUUCAAAGCUGAGGGCGUGCACACAUCUGCUCGGCUGGUGGUAACUGAGCUGCCUGUGAGGUUCAGCCGCCCACUGAAAGAUGUGGUGGCCACAGAAAAGGACAAAGUGACCCUGGAGUGUGAGCUGUCCCGUCCCAAUGUGGAUGUGCGCUGGCUGAAGGAUGGUGUGGAGCUGCAGGCUGGCAAGACAGUGGGCAUGGCAGCCCAGGGCACCUGCCGGACACUCAUCAUUUACCAGUGUGCCUUUGGGGACCAGGGCGUGUAUGUGUGUGAUGCCCACGAAGCUCAGACCUUGGCCUCUCUGAAGGUGCAAGGCCGCAAUGUCCAGAUCCUGAGGCCCUUGGAGGAUGUGGAGGUGACAGAGAAGGAGAGUGCCACCUUCUCUUGCGAGGUCUCCCAUGAUGAGGUGCUAACCCAGUGGUUCCGGAAGGGCAGUAAGCUUCGGCCCAGUGACAACGUGCGCAUCCGCCAGGAAGGGAGGAUAUACACACUCAUCUACCGGAGGGUUCUGGUGGAAGAUGCAGGAGAAAUCCGAUUUGUGGCCGAAAAUGCAGAAUCUCGAGCCCAGCUCCGAGUAAGAGAGCUGCCAGUGUCCAUCCUGCGCCCACUUCGGGACAAGAUUGCCAUGGAGAAGCACCGUGGCAUACUUGAGUGCCAGAUGUCCCGGGCCAGCGCCCAAGUGCGGUGGUUCAAGGGUGGCACGGAACUGUGGCCUGGACCCAAGUAUGAGAUGGUCAGUGAUGGCCUCUACCGCAAGCUAGUCAUCAAUGAUGUGCAGCCCGAGGAUGAGGACACUUAUACAUGUGAUGCUGGCAAUGUGAAGACCAGCGCCCAGUUCUUUGUGGAAGAGCAAUCCAUCACCAUCCUGCGGGGUCUGCAGGACGUGAUGGUGAUGGAGCCCGCCCCUGCCUGGUUUGAGUGCGAGACCUCUAUACCAUCUGUUCGGUCGCCUAAGUGGCUGCUGGGGAAGACGGUGCUGCAGGCUGGGGCGGACGUGAGCAUGGAGCAGGAAGGCACAGUGCACCGGCUGACGCUGCGGCGCACCUGCUCUACCAUGACUGGGCCAGUGCACUUCACCAUCGGCAAGUCUCGCUCCACUGCCCACCUGGUCGUCUCAGACAUCCCUGUGGUGCUUACACGGCCUCUGGAGCCUAAGACUGGACACGAGCUGCAGUCGGUGGUCCUGUCCUGCGACUUCAAGCCACCACCCAAGGCUGUGCAGUGGUACAAGGAGGACACACCCCUGGCACCGUCUGAUAAGUUCAAAAUGAGUCUGGAGGGUCACAUGGCGGAGCUGCGUGUCCUGCGGCUCACGCCCGCCGAUGCUGGCAUCUACCGGUGCCAGGCUGGCAAUGCCCAGAGCAGCGCCCGAGUCACCGUGGAAGCUCGGGAGGUGAUACUGACGCAGCCACUGCAGGACACAGAGGCCACAGAGGAGGGUCGCGCCUGUUUCUCGUUGGAGCUUUCCCAUGAGGAUGAAGAGGUGGAGUGGUCGCUCAAUGGGAUGCCCCUCUACAAUGACAGCUUCCAUGAAAUCACCCACAAGGGCCACCGCCACACGCUGGUACUGAAACGGGUCAGGCGGUCGGACGCGGGAAUGGUGUGCGCCUCUUCCCCCAAGGUGACGGCCUCUGCUCACCUGGAGGUCAGAGUGAAGCCAGUGGUGUUCCUGAAGGCACUGGAUGAUGUGUCUGCGGAGGAGCGGGGCUCUCUGGCCCUACAGUGUGAGGUCUCUGACCCCCACGCCUGCGUGGUGUGGCGCAAGGAUGGCGUAGAGCUGGGUCCCAGCGACAAGUAUGACUUUCUGCAAACAGCGGGCACACGUGGUCUAGUGGUGCACGACCUGAGUAAGGACGACGCAGGCCUGUACACCUGUCACCUAGGCACUGAGGAGACCCGGGCACAGGUCAACGUGCAGGACCUGCACGUGGGUAUCACCAAGAGGCUGAAGACGGUGGAGGUGCUAGAAGGUGAGCGCUGCAGCUUUGAGUGCAUCCUGUCCCAUGAGGAUACAGGUGACACUGCUGUGUGGACAGUCGGCGGAAAGACAGUGGGUGGCUCUGGCCGCUUCCAGGCUACGUGCCAGGGCCGAAAGUUCACCCUGACUGUGCAAGAAGUGGUGCUGGGUGACACCGGGGAGGUGGUCUUCUCCGUGCGGGGCCUCACCUCCAGGGCCUCACUCAUCGUCAGAGAAAAGCCAGCAGACAUAACAAAACCUCUGGAGGAUCAGCAGGCCGUGCCCGGGGAAGAUGCAAUACUGAGUUGUGAGCUGUCACGGGCGGGAGCCCCGGUGCGCUGGCUGAAGGAAGGGAAACCCAUUCGCAAGAGUCAGAAGUAUGACCUGCUCAGCGAGGGUACUCGGGCUGUGCUGGUGGUCCGCACAGCCUCGAUCAAGGAUUCUGGAGAGUACACGUGUGAGACAGAGGUUUCUAAGAGCACGGCUAGCCUCCGAGUGGAAGAAAUGGCAAACUGGUUCACAGAGGAGCUGGUGGAUCUGCGGGUGGAGGAAAAAGGCACAGCUGUGUUCACCUGCAAGACAGAGCGCCCUGCAGCCACAGUGAUCUGGCGCAAGGGUCUCUCUGAGCUGCAUGCCUCAGAGAGGCAUGCACCCAGCCAGGAGGGCGUGACUUUGAGGCUCACCAUCAGUGCCCUGGAGGAGGCAGACAACGACACCUAUACUUGUGACAUUGGCCAGGCAAAGUCCCAGGCACGGCUCCUGGUGCAAGGUCAGAGAGUGCUCAUUGUGGAGGAGCUUGUGGAUGCUGAAGUACAGGAGGGCUCCUCAGCCACUUUCAACUGCCGCAUCUCCCCUGCUGACUACGGGCCUGUCCACUGGUUCCUGGACAAGACACCCCUACAUGCCAAUGAGCUCAAUGAGAUUGAGGUCCAGUCAGGUGGCUACCAUGUGCUCACCCUGCGGCAGCUUGCACUCAAGGACUCGGGCACUGUCCACUUUGAAGCAGGCGACCAGCGGUCCUCAGCCACACUGCGGGUCACAGAGAAGCCAAGUGUCUUCUCCCAGGAGCUCAAGGAUGCCACAGUCAUGGAGGGGGAGGAUCUGACCCUGGUCUGUGAGACCACUGUCCCAGACAACCCUGUGCACUGGACCAAGGAUGGGAAAGCCCUGCGGGCAUCAGCUCGAUGCCAGCUGAGCCGUGAGGGCCACCAUGCCCAGCUGGUCAUCACUGACAUCACCCUGCAGGACAGUGGGCGCUACAAGUGUGAGGCUGGUGGUGCCUGGAGCAGCUCCAUUGUCAGGGUCCACGCACGGCCAGUGCGGUUCCAGGAGGGGCUGAAGGACAUGGAGGUGUUGGAGCGGGGGGCGGCCACACUGUGCUGUAAGCUGUCGUCUGUGGCUGUGCCCGUGGAGUGGCGCCGAGAGGAUGAGGUUCUGCGGCCAGGAGGCAAAUACAGCAUGCGGCAGAGGGGCUCCACACUGGAGCUGGUGGUCCAGGACCUGCAGCCCCACGACAGCGGGCAGUACUCCUGCCACUUUGGGGACCAGGCAACCUCAGCCACGCUUACUGUAAAGGCCUUUCCUGCUGAGUUCAUAGGAAGAAUGAGAAGCAAGGAGGCCACAGAAGGGGCCACAGCCACGCUGCACUGCGAGCUGAGCAAGGCGGCCCCCGUGGAGUGGAGGAAGGGGCCCGAGACCCUCAGAGCUGGGGACAGAGUCAGCUUGAGGCAGGACGGGGCCGUGUGUGAGCUGGAGAUCCAGGACCUGGCUCUGACUGAUACUGGGGAGUACUCAUGCGUGUGCGGGCAGGAGAGGACGUCAGCCACGCUCACCGUCAGGGCCCUGCCUGUGAAGUUCACAAAGGGUCUGAAGAAGGAAGAGGCCACGGAAGGGGCCACAGCCACGCUGCACUGCGAGCUGAGCAAGGCGGCCCCCGUGGAGUGGAGGAAGGGGCCCGAGACCCUCAGAGCUGGGGACAGAGUCAGCUUGAGGCAGGACGGGGCCGUGUGUGAGCUGGAGAUCCAGGACCUGGCUCUGACUGAUACUGGGGAGUACUCAUGCGUGUGCGGGCAGGAGAGGACGUCAGCCACGCUCACCGUCAGGGCCCCACAGCUGGUAUUCAGAGAGCCCUUGAGGAGCCUGCAGGCUGAAGAAGGUGCAUGGGCCAGCCUGCGGUGUGAGCUGUGGGAGCCCAGUGCUGUGGUCUGGAGCAAGGGUGGCUUAGAGCUGCAGGCCAAUGAGCGCCUGGAGCCACGGCAGCAGGGUUGCUUGGUGGAGCUGGUGCUUCAAGACCUGUGCCGGGAGGACGCGGGCGAGUACACCUGCACCUGUGGCUCCCAGGCCACCAGUGCCACCCUCACUGUCACAGGUGGGACCCAAGCUGCACCUGUGCGGUUCCUCCAGGAGCUGCAGGCCCAGGAGGUGGCUGAGGGUGCACUGGCACGCCUGCACUGUGAGCUGAGCCGGGCAGGCGCCAGUGUGGAGUGGCGCAAGGGCAUGCUACAACUCUUCCCUUGCACCAAGUAUCAGAUGGUGCAGGAGGGUGUGACUGUGGAGCUGCUGGUACAUGGUGUGGAGCAGGAGGACAGUGGCUACUAUACCUGUGACAUAGGCCACAUUCAGAGCACUGCCAGACUCUCAGUCCGAGCCCCUAGGCCCAUGUUCCAGACUGAGCUGCAGGACACAGAGCAGGAGGUGGGCAGCCUGGCCCAGCUGUGCUGCCAGCUGAGCCAGGUGGAGCCUGGGGCCCCCGUGCAGUGGCUCAAGGAGGGUGUGGAGCUGCACGCAGGCCCCAAGUAUGAGAUGCAUCACCAGGGGGUCAUGUGUGAGCUGCUGAUCCACGGGCUUGAGGCCAAGGACUCUGGCGAGUAUGCCUGUGUGGUGGGUGGCCAGAAAACCAUGGCCUCUGUCAAGGUCAGAGCCCCCAAGGUGACCAUUCUGGAGCCCCUGCAAGAUGUGCAGCUCAGUGAGGGCCAGGACGCCCACUUCCGAUGCCACCUAUCCAGGGCCUCUAGCCAGGAGGCCUGCUGGGCCCUGGAAGGAGUGCCCCUGCAGGCCAACGAAAUGAAUGACAUCACAGUGGAGCAAGGCACAUUGCACUCACUCACUCUUCACAAGGUGACCCUGGAGGAUGCUGGAACCAUCAGUUUCCAAGUGGGCUCAUGUAGCUCAGAGGCCCAGCUGAAGGUCACAGCCAAGAACACAGUGGUGCGAGGCCUGGAGAACGUUGAGGCGCUUGAGGGAGGUGAAGCCCUGUUCGAGUGCCAGCUUUCCCGGCCAGAGGUGGCCACCCACUCCUGGCUGCUGGACGAUGAGCCAGUGCACAGCUCUGAGAACGCCGAGGUGGUCUACUUCGAGAACGGCUUGCGGCACCUGCUCCUGCUGAAAAACCUGCGGCCUCAGGAUAGCUGCCGGGUGACCUUCCUGGCAGGAGACGUGGUGACCUCCGCAUUCCUCACCGUCAGAGGCUGGCGCUUGGAGGUCCUGGAGCCCCCUAAGGACAUGACUGUGCAGGCGGGAAGCCAGGCCCACUUUAGCUGCACACUCAGCGAGGUGGUGCUGGUGGGCGAGGCAACCUGGUACAUCAACGGGGUGGCAGUGCAACUUGAUGAUGCCGACUGGACAGUUACUGCAGAUGGUAGCCACCACACACUGCUGCUGCACCACGCCCAGCUGCACCACGCUGGCGAGGUCACCUUCGCUGCCCGCGACGCUGUAGUCUCUGCGCGGCUUACCGUGCUGGGCCUCCCUGAUCCCCCAGAGGAUGCUGAGGUGGUAGGGCGCAGUGACCACUCCGUGACACUGUCCUGGGCAGCACCCACCAGUGAUGGCGGUGGAGGCCUCUGCGGUUACCAGGUAGAGAUGAAGGCAUCUGCCACAGGCGAGUGGCGGCUGUGCCACAAGCUGGUGCCCGGGCCAGAGUGCAUUGUGGAUGGCCUGGCCCCUGGGGAGACCUAUCGCUUCCGUGUGGCAGCAGUGGGCCCUGCCGGAGCUGGAGAGCCCGUGCACCUUCCCCAGAUGGUGAGGCUAGAGGCCCUGGAACCUGCACCUGCGCCUCCUGCUCCCAAGAGCCAGCAGGUGGUAGCGGGCGAGGACUUGCGUCUGGAGUGCGAGGUGGCAGAGGCCGGUGAGGUUGUCUGGCUGAAGGAGAUGGAGCACAUCCAGCUUGGUGGGCGCUUCCAGGCCAUCUCCCACGGUCGGCGGCAGACACUGGUGGUCCACGGCUUCUCAGUGGAGGACCAGGGAGAGUACUGCUGCCGCCUGGCCAGAGACCCGAUCUCUGCCACUGCCAUCACCUUCCAGGUGGUGCUGACCCCAGGAUCUGGGGAUGAGGCCCCUGCACAGCCCAGCCUGCCCCCUGAGGCAGCCCAGGAGGGUGACCUGCACCUGUUGUGGGAGGCCCUGGCCCGGAAGCGCCGCAUGAGCCGAGAGCCCACACUGGACUCCAUCAGCGAGCUGCCAGAGGAAGAUGGGCGCCUGCUGUGCCAGCAGCAGGAGGCAGAGGAUGUGGCCCCUGACCUCUCGGAGGAUUACUCCACAGCUGAUGAGCUAGCACGCACAGGCGAGGCUGACCUGUCACAUACCAGCUCUGACGAUGAGUCCCGGGCGGGCACUCCUUCCCUGGUCACCUAUCUCAAGAAGGCUGGGAAGCCUGGUGCCUCUCCCCUGGCCAGCAAGGUCAGGGCCCCAGCAGCCCCCUCUGGAAAGCUGCAGAAGCAGCCAAAGCAGCCGGCCACAGUGUGCCUGCCACCAGGAGAGUGGAGUGGUGAGGACCUCGGUGACCCAUCCCUGGACAAGGCAGCCGUGAAGAUCCAGGCUGCCUUCAAGGGCUACAGGGUGCGGAAGGAGAUGAGGCAACAGGAGGGGCCUGUAUUCUGUAGCACUUUUGGGGACACUGAAGUUCAGGUGGGGGAUGUCUUGCAUCUGGAGUGUGUAGUGUCCAGCAAGGCAGAUGUGCAGGCUCACUGGCUGAAGGAUGGCGUAGAGCUGACUGAUGGCCGACACCACCACAUUGACCAGUUAGGGGAUGGCACCUGCUCUCUGCUGGUCACUGGUGUGGGCCAAGCCGAUGCUGGCUGCUAUACCUGCCAGGUGAGCAGCAAGUUUGGCUGUGCAGUCCACAGCGCCCGUGUGGUCAUCAGCAGGAUGGAGAGUGAGACUGAGAGCUCCUCUGGCAGUGAGCUGGAUGAUGCCUUCCGCCGGGCAGCCCGGCGUCUGCACCACCUCUUCUGCACCAAAGGCCCGGCGGAGGUUUCAGACGAGGAGAUCUUCUUGAGUGCAGAUGAGGGCUCAGCAGAGCCCGAGCAACCUGGGGACUGGCAGACAUACCGUGAAGAUGAACACUCAGUCUGCAUCCGCUUUGAGACAUUGGCUGAGGCCCGCCGGGCGGCUACCCACUUCCAGGAGAUGUUCCGAAUGCUGGGCAUUGGGGUGGACAUCAGCCUGUCAGAGAAGGGGCACCAGGGAGUGGAAAUACGCAUUGCCAAGGUGUCCCUCGUCCCCAUGGCGCCUUUGGAGCCAGUGCCCAGCUUGUGCACCACAGAGUCUGCCCCAGUGUUCCUGACUGAGCUGCAGAACCAGGAGGUGCUGGACGGGUACCCUGUGAGCUUCGACUGUGUGGUGACAGGCCAACCAGUACCCAGCGUGCGCUGGUUCAAGGAUGGGAGGGUGCUGGAGGAAGACGACCACUACAUGAUCAGUGAUGACCAGCAGGGUGGCCACCAGCUUAUCAUUACAGCUGUGGUACCUGCAGACAUGGGUGUCUACCGCUGCCUGGCUGAGAACAGCGUGGGUGUGUCCUCCACCAAGGCCGAGCUCCGAGUGGACUUGACCAGCACUGACUACGACACUGCUGCAGAUGCCACAGAGACUUCAUCCUACUUCAGCGCCCAAGGCUACCUGUCCAGCCAUGAGCAGGAGGGUGCAGAGUCUACGUCAGAGGAGGGACAGCUGCCCCAGAUAGUGGAGGAGCUGAAAGACCUCCAGGUGGCCCCUGGCACACGUCUGGCCAAGUUCCAGCUCAAGGUGAAAGGCUACCCAGUGCCCCGCCUGUACUGGUUCAAAGAUGGGCAGCCCCUGGCUGCUUCCACACACAUUCGCAUGGUGGACAAGAAGACACUGCAUGCCCUGGAGAUCCUCUCAGUCACUGGAGAGGAUGCUGGCCAGUACUCGGUCUAUGUCAGCAACACCGUGGGCGCUGCCUACUCAUCUGCUCGGCUACUGGUCCGAGGCCCCAGUGAUGCAGAAGAGAAGCUGGCAGCAGUUGUGCAGCAACAGCUGGUACCGCCCCGAUUCCUGGAGAAGUUCACCUCCAAGAAGGUGAAGAAGGGCUCCAGCAUCACUUUCUCCGUGAAGGUUGAAGGUCUGCCGGCCCCGGCUGUGCAUUGGCUGCGGGAGGAGGCAGAGCGGGUGCUGUGGAUUGGCCCAGACACACCAGGCUACACGGUGGCCAGCUCAGCCCAGCAGCACAGCCUGGUCCUCCUGGAUGUGGGCCGACAGCACCAGGGCAUCUACAACUGCAUCGCGUCCAAUGCUGCUGGCCAGGCCCUCUGCUCUGCCAGCCUACAUGUCUCUGGCCUGCCCAAGGAGGCAGAGGAAGCGGGGGAGACAGCUGGGGUGAAGGAGGCUCUCAUCUCUACGUUUCUUCAAGGGACCCAAGCUAUCUCUGAACAGAUGCUGGAACCUGCAGGUUUCACUGAUCUUGCUGGGCAAAAAGGAGAGCCCCUGGCACCCAAGGCUCGUGGCCACUUGUCCCUGGCCGAGGUGGGCACGGAGGAGUUCCUGCAGAAGCUGACCUCACAAAUCACAGAGAUGGUGUCGGCCAAGAUCACUCAGGCCAAGCUGCAGGUGCCUGGAGGUGACAGUGACGAGGAGUCCAAGACACCAUCCGCAUCCCCCCGGCAUGGCCGCUCCCGCCCCUCCUCUAUUGUCCAGGAGUCGUCCUCAGAGUCGGAAGAUGGAGACUCCCGGGGAGAGAUCUUUGAUAUCUAUGUGGUCACAGCUGACUACCUGCCUCUGGGGGCUGAGCAGGACACCAUCUCGCUGCGAGAGGGUCAGUACGUGGAGGUGCUGGACUCAGCCCACCCUCUACGCUGGCUUGUGCGCACCAAGCCCACCAAGUCCAGCCCCUCACGACAGGGCUGGGUGUCCCCUGCCUACCUGGACAAGCGGCUCAAGCUAUCGCCUGAGUGGGGGCCUGUUGAGGUCCCCGAGUUCCCUAGGGAGGCUGUGUCUGAGGAUGAGUACAAGAGGCGGCUGAGCUCCGUCAUCCAGGAACUGCUGAGCUCUGAGCAGGCCUUUCUGGGCAAGCUGCAAUUCCUGAAGAGCCACCACAUGGAGUACCUGGACCACUGUCCCCAUGUACCUGCCGCCGUGGCUAGCCAGAAGGCUGUCAUUUUCCGGAACAUUCAGGAACUCAGCCACUUCCACAGCAGCUUCCUGCAGGAGCUGCAGAGCUGUGACACGGAUGAUGAUGUGGCCAUGUGCUUCAUUAAGAACCAGGUGGCCUUUGAGAAGUACCUGGAGUUCCUGGUGGGCCGAGUGCAGGCCGAGUCGGUGGUGGUCAGCACAGCUGUGCAGGAAUUCUACAAGAAAUACUCAGAGGAGGUGCUGUCGGCUGGUGACCCCUCACAACCACCCCCACCCCCGCUACAGCACUUCCUGGAGCAGCCAGUCCAGCGGGUCCAGCAGUACCAGGCCCUGCUCAAGGAGCUGAUCCGCAACAAGGCUCGGAACCGGCAGAACUGCACGCUGCUGGAGCAGGCCUAUGCAGCGGUGUCUGCCCUCCCUCAGCGUGCUGAGAACCAGCUGCACGUGUCGCUCAUAGAAAACUACCCAGGCACCCUGGAAGCCCUGGGCGAGCCCAUCCGCCAGGGCCACUUCAUCGUGUGGGAGGGGGCACCGGGUGCAAGGAUGCCCUGGAAGGGCCACCACCGCCACGUCUUCCUGUUCCCCCACCACCUGGUAGUCUGCAAGCCCAGGAGGGACUCACACACUGACACCUUCAGCUAUGUGUUCCGGAACAUGAUGAAGCUGAGCAACAUCGACCUGAACGAGCAGGUGGAGGGGGAUGACCGCGCCUUCGAGGUGUGGCAUGAGCGGGAGGACUCGGUGCGCAAGUUCCUCCUGCAGGCACGGACUGUCAUCACCAAGAAUGCCUGGGUGAAGGAGAUCAGCGGCAUCCAGCAGCGUCUGGCCCUGCCUGUCUGGCGGCCCCCAGAUUUUGAGGAGGAGCUGGCCGACUGCACAGCUGAGCUGGGUGAAACAGUCAAGCUGGCCUGCCGUGUAAUUGGCACACCCAAGCCCGUCGUCAGCUGGUACAAAGAUGGGAAGCCAGUGGAGGUGGACCCUCACCACAUUCUCAUUGAAGACCCGGAUGGCUCAUGCACCCUCAUCCUGGACAACCUGACCGGCGCUGACUCUGGCCAGUACAUGUGCUUUGCAGCUAGCACCGCUGGCACAGCCAGCACCCUGGGCAAGAUCCUGGUGCAGGUUCCUCCACGGUUUGUGAACAAGGUCCGGGCAGUACCUUUUGUGGAGGGAGAGGACGCCCAGGUCACCUGCACCAUCGAAAGUGUCCCACACCCUCAGAUCAGGUGGUACAAGGAUGGGGCCCUGCUGUCCCCUGGUGGCAAGUACCGGACCCUGAGUGAGCCACGCAGUGGCCUGCUCAAGCUGGAGAUCCGGGAGGCCAGCAAGGAAGACGUGGGCUACUACGAGUGCGAGCUGGUGAACCGGCUGGGCUCGACACGGGGUGGCAUGGAACUGGGCCUGCAGAGCUCCACACUACAGACUGGGGAACAGCGCCACCGCCGGGAGCACACCACUGCCAUGGUGGAAGUCACUGAGCAGGAGACUAAAGUCCCCAAGAAAACCGUCAUCAUAGAGGAAACCAUCACCACCGUGGUGAAGAGCCCCCAUGGCCGUCUCCAGUCCCCCAGCAAGUCUCCCUCCCUCUCGCCUUCCCGCCGCCCUGCCAGUCCCUCCAGGCCAGGCCUGUUGGCCCCUGAGCUGCUGCAAUCACCAGGGGUCGGCCAGCUCUGCAGGCCAGGGGUGGAGCCAGGCUGGAGGCCCACUGUACCCAUGCUGUACGUGACAGAGCCUGGAGCCCACACGCCGGCCCUGCCCAAGGGCACUGGGCCCCUUUCCAAGUGGGUGGAGGUCGAGGAGACCAUUGAAGUCCGGGUGAAGAAAACAGGCCCGAGAGGUGCAUCUCCAGCCAGAGAGGUGCCCAGCAGUUCGGCGGGGUUUCUCUUCACGCUGCCUGGUGGGACCCCAGGAGGAGACCCCAACACAAACAACUCCAACAACAAGCUGCUGGCCCAGGGGUCCCUGCCCCAGGGCAGAGUCUUCUGUGUGGGCGCUGGACUGGAGAGCCCUGAGCUGUCCCCUCCCGGGGCCGCUGAAGAGGAAGCCCCUCUGGAGGUGCAGGAUGGGGCAGGUGUCUGCCUGACAAAGGAGCCCCUAAGAGCCCAUGACCUUCGGGGUUAUGACCCCAAGAUCCUCACACACGAUGGCUGUGUGCUGACGCUGGCUGACCUGGAGGAUUACGUGCCCCGAGAAGGGGAAACCUUUGGCCGCAGCAGCCCCAUGACCGGUGCUUCUGAUGAUCCACCCUGCGAGGUCUCAGUGCUCCAGAGAGAGAUCCGUGAGCCCGUUGUGGGGCAGCCCAUCCUGCUCAAUGUGGGGCGCCCACCGGGCUCCCAAGGCCCCCUUGGCUUCUUCAGCCACCUCUCCCAGGAGGGGGCUCCAUUAGGGCCUCAGGUCUGCGGCCGUCCUGGUGCCUCCUGUGUGCGGGAGACCUGGGCUGAGGGUCCCACACCCUGGAUGCCGUCCUUCCGCACCCAGGUCCAUCGCUCUGCAGACAGUGGCCAGAGUAGCUUCAAAACGGAGGUUUCCACCCACAGGGCCAGCUUCGGGACAGUGGGCGAGACAGUCACCCUGCACCUUCGUCGGGACGGGGAUGAGGGCCCCAGCCCCUCCCAGGGCUAAGGCUGUGGUUGUGGUCAAGGGCACAGACAGCUGGGGGGGUUGAAACAGGGACUCUCUUGGAGCCAGGAAACUGCUGAUAGGGCUGUCGGCUGCUGUGGCUGCGCAGGGGGAGCAGAAGGAGAGGCCUGGCUUUGAGGUCUAGGGCCCGGCCUGGCAUCUGCACCCACCUGCUUCACAGCUGUCCUGUAUUUGGGGCUCAGGAGAGAGGCCUGAAGCCAGCACCUCAGGACAUAUGCUCUGACCCUGCCCUUGUUCUCCAGCAAUUCGGGACUUGAGCUGCCCAUCCUCCCACCAGGUGCUUCCUACCUCAUAGGGGGUCUCCAGCUGAGAACACUGUAUGCACAGCUGUUACCCACAUUAUCGCAGUUCUGUGGGAGCAACAGGGAGACCAGCUCUGGCCUGUGUCCCACUUUGCUUGUUGCGGUACAGUCCUGCCCCAUGUGAAGGUGCUCAGUGGGGCUUCCCUGAGGGCACAUCUUCCCCAUGGACAUUUUUCUCAGCCUCCAGGAAGGCCAGCUGAGGCCCUCUGGGGCCCAUGCUGCAGACCUCUUGGGCCUCCCCUGCAGAGUGGGCUGGAGUCUGUAGGUGGGAAGCAGCCCCUGUUAGUUAACUCCAUGAUGAUAAUAAACUGGCUCCUGCACCCCA